AUGGACGCCAUGUACAAUCCAGCCUAUGUACCAACAGGCUACGGUGAGGCUUCAUAUACGCCAUACGGUCAAAGUGUGUAUUUUGGUAAGCUUUCAUCUUUUUACAAAGGAUGA